GCUGCAGCUGGGGCAAGUCCAGCUCAACACCGCCAUGCUCGCCCUGGAGGCUGCACAGCUCGACGGGCCACACUUCAGCUGUCUGUACCCGGAUGGAGUCUUCUACGACCUGGACAGCUGCAAGCACCCCAGCUACCCUGACUCAGAGGGGGCUCCUGACUCCCUGUGGGGCUGGGACCUCAGUCCCGCUGUCCCAGCUGCCUCCUAUGAAGCCUUCAACCCGACCGUGGCCACCUUUGGCCACCCCCAAGGUGUCCAGCUCUGUUAUGGACCCUCGACCUACAGCCCUGUGGGGAGCCUUGACCCAGCCCCCAGCGUGGAGGCCCCUGGGCCCAGCUUCCCAGCGUACCCCAUGGAGGACUUCACCAGCCAGACCCUGGGUCCCCCGGCAUAUGCUGCAUACCCCAGCCCCGUGCUGUCAGAGGAGGAGGAUCUCCUGCUGGACAGUCCCGCCCUGGAGGUGUCGGACAGCGAGUUGGACGAGGCCCCGGUGGCUGGCCCUGAGGGUAGGGGAUCUGACGCAGGGGCCCGCAAGAAGCUGCGCCUGUACCAGUUCCUGCUCGGGCUGCUGACCCGCGGAGACAUGCGCGAGUGCGUGUGGUGGGUGGAGCCGGGCGCCGGCGUCUUCCAGUUCUCUUCGAAGCACAAGGAGCUCCUGGCGCGCCGCUGGGGCCAGCAGAAGGGCAACCGCAAGCGCAUGACCUACCAGAAGCUGGCGCGCGCCCUGCGCAACUACGCCAAGACCGGCGAGAUCCGCAAGGUCAAGCGCAAGCUCACCUACCAGUUUGACAGUGCGCUGCUGCCCGCCGCCCGCCGCGCCUGAGCCCCGCGGGGACUCUCGGGGGCUCUCAGUGGCUCCACAGCUGUGUCACGUUGGCGUCCCCACACCCUAGGUCACAGGACCCGUGGAUCCCUGCACUGUGGAGGGGGAAGGUGGGCUGCCAUAAUCCCCAAACCCUGCUCAGGGCCCCUUUGGGCCCGCCAGUCGUGUCUGGGACUCCCUCGUCAUGUCCAGGAUCUCCAGGUUCCUUAUGUCUUGGGGCUCACAGGACCCAUAGAUAACUGUGCUACGUGGUCUGUGUGGAGUGGGCACAGGACUAUGCUUCCAGAAUCCUAAGCGCUUCUCUGGGAUCCGUGAUGUCUCCCAACCAGUCCGGGGACCUCUCUGAGACCCCUUGUGUCUGUGAUCUCUCAAUCUAUGUGGGGCCCACUGUUGAUCUAACCAGGAGGGGGGCGGCUCCAGCAACCCUAAGCCCUGUCCUGGGUCCCUCUGGGAUCCCCUUCUCACGUCUGGGUCCCUCAUGUCAAAUCUGAAAUCUAGCCAUGGCUGGGGCCCUCUGGGAGACCUUCAUCACGUCUCAGAUCUCUGUGAGACUCUCUUGUCCUAUCUGUCCUCCCAAAUCCCUUCGAGAUCCCCCAAUUCUCUGGAACCAUCUUACUAUCCUUUUAUGUGACUGGAAUUUUCAUGUCUGAAAAUCCUUUUGUCAGGUCUGAAAACUCCCUUGUCAGGUCUGAUGGGGGGACUUCAGUGAACCUUGUCAUAUCCACACCACCUCUGGGAUACCUUACCUGUCUGGGAUCCUCCAACCAAUCACAUCUGGGCAACCCUGGAAUCCCCAUCUUAAUAUGCCCCCCAGCCGACCUGAGUUCUCAUGGAGACCCUUCCCCUCCUAGAGUGCCCUCCGUUGGGCCAUGCUGGGGAUGAUUCUGUCUGCUCAGCUGAUUUCUGGGUGAUCUUGGCAGCCUUCCCAUGUCAUUUCUAACCAGAGGUCUCGAACUGGUGACUUCCCCACCCCCACCCCCUGGGCACAUGAGGCCUUGAUGGUGUUUUCUUUAGUUCACUGAAGCGUGAUUUUUGUUUUUUAAAUUUUGAGUGGGGAUCCACAUGAGCUGGCGUUUCAUAAGAGGGAGAUUUUGCACAAUCCUUCGCUUUGAACUCUGCAAAUCCAGUCUUAAGUGGCCAGCUUGACGGUGUGGAGAGGCUGGAGCCGGACAGCCUCCAGUCCUAGCGCGGCAUCUGUUCACCGGUCUGCCCCAGUGCCUGCUGCGGCCCCUGGCAGUCAUGCCCCGGCAGCUUCUCUCAGUUGCUUGUUAGCGCCCGACCAUUUGCAUUUUGCCCCCUGGUGUGAACUCAAGGAGGUGAAGCUUGGAGGCACUGUGGGAGCUCUGACUGGACCCCACUGGGGGUGUUAGAGGCUGUGGGCUAGGAGGCCAGGGUCCCGGGCCCUUCAGACUGGCUGGCUGAGGGAUCCGGAGCGAAAGACUUGCUGCUUCUGAGCCUCAGUGUGUCCCUUCUGUGAAAGGGAAGAGGAGGAGGCGGAAGAUGGAGAAGUCCCUGGCAGCCCGGUCAAGCCCUCGGUGAUCUCCUGAAAUCCACCCCACCACGGACGGAUGGCCAAGAGGGCCACAAAGGAGCACCAAGGACCCAGGGAGACAAGGGUCCUCAUGGGGGCUGGUAGCAGAGCCCUCAAGUGACACUGCGCCCCAGGGGUGGGGGGCAGGCACCAAUGUCCUCCCCAGGGUCAUCAUCACCCCGUGUGUGGAAUCAAAUAAAAAAAUCAAAGUAGA